GACUACGAUGCAAUGGUCACUCUGGUCGAAGAUGUUCGCAAAUUGCCCAUGCGAUCCAAAAUGGUCGAUUUGAGCAUGAUUCAAUAUUUGUACGCAUUCGCACUGAACGGACGCAAGCAACCGGGCGAUCGGGAUCGCGCACUGGCUGUGAUCAAUAAUAUAACUACCGCACCGAACUGGGAAAAAGAUACCGGUCCGUCACAUGCAUUAAGGCCUGGAAUGGAAGUCGACCACAGUCCAACAUGCAUUGAGAAUGGUAAAACAUCUCCUCCCGACGAGACUGAACUUUGA